AUGGGAGUUUCAACUGUCGAUGAAAAUACGCCUCUGCUCCCCGGCCAUGGAAGCCUUCAGUCGCCUGACAGACAAUUAAGGCGCCAUGCAGGGCUUAACGAGCACAGCCUGGAUCGUGAUGUCGAACCAGGGCCGGAGGAAAGUCUUGAAAAUCCCGCCACAUUAGAUCUUAUUAAAGUAUCUUCAGUCUGCACGAAUAACCAGAUUGACCCGGGUCUAGAAAGAGUAUUAUCUGCGACUGGUUUGUCUGAUGAGGAUCAGCAUGAGCAAAUCACGGCUUCGAAGUCAAGUCACUUUGUCAACGUUAGCCCCCGACAAUUUUGGUUUGUAUUUGGCGGAAUUCAAAUAGGUUAUUUGAUAGGGUUUUUCGACGCUACAUUCAUGGCAUCCAGCCAUCCUGUGAUCACAUCCGAUUUUCAUGCGUCAAAUUCGGCAUCUUGGCUGUCUACGGCUUUUCUACUCACAUCAACUGCCCUUUUGCCCUUAUUCGGUCGAAUAUCGGAUACGGUUGGGAGAAAGCCAGUAUAUAUCUUCUCUAUUGUCGUUUUUUUCAUCACUACUGCUUGGUGUGCGUUGGCUCAGAGUAUCGGCAGUUUUAUUGCAGCCCGGGCCUUCUGUGGAAUCGGUGCUGGUGGUGUGUUCUCUAUGGGCAUGAUUCUCUGUAGCGACCUUGUUCGUCUAGAAUAUCGCGGUAUAUAUCAGUCUUACAUUAAUCUGACACUUGGAAUUGGUGGCGCACUUGGUUUUUCUGGCGGUGGAGCUCUCUGCGAUCACCUUGGUUGGCGGGGUGCUUUUGGUAUCCAGCUCCCUUUCAUCUUCGUUUACCUACUUAUUGCCAUCUGGACAACUCCAGAUAAUUUGGGACGAAUCGAUCCGAAGGACGAACACUUGGGCAUUCUCCAGUUACUCAAACGUAUCGAUUUGACCGGCGCCUUCUUACUCACGAUCGCCGUGACCUCUCUCAUCAUCGGCAUCAACCUUGGCGGGAACGUACUCUCAUGGACGCAUCCCCUUGUGAUAUCGUCCUUGGUACUUGCAGUGAUAGUCGGGAUUAUCUUUCCAUGCUACGAAGCCCGCGUAAAACGCCCAGUCAUGCCACCCCGACUCCUUAUUAAGAAGCCACAUUCAUACAUCGUUUUUGGUAAUUUCUUCGGCGCGUUGUCUAUAAAUACCGUCAUGUUCAACAUUCCGCUUUACUUUCAGGCAGUCAAGCUCGAGUCUGCGACUGCCUCGGGACUUCACUUACUAUCGGCAACUCUGGCAAUUACAUUCUCUAGUGUAGCAACCGGCUUUUUGAUGACUUGGCUACGGACAAUGAAACCAUUCACUGUCAUAGGGAGCAUCUUCCUAGUUCUUGGGGGUCUGUCUACUGCGUCACUCACCUUCUUCAGCGUUCCCUAUGCUGCUACUUUAUUCUUCAUAGCUUUAUCGAGUCUCGGCCAGGGGUUCUCAUUCCCGGCAUUCACCGUGGGUAUCCUCGCAGUCAAUAAACAGUCGGAACAAGCUGCGUGCGUCACCACAAUGAGUCUAUGGCGGAAUCUCGGAUCUGUUCUAGGCGUUGCCAUUAGCAGUUUGAUUCUUCAAAAUUCCCUACGAGUCCGUCUCGAAGAAAUCGUUACGGGGCCAGAUAAGCAACGAAUCAUUGAAUUAGCUCGCAAAACCGUCGAAGAGAUUGCCACUUUGGACCCUGUACACCAAAAGCAAGUCAUUCAAGCUUAUAAUAUCUCUCUCAGACUUACUUUUCUAUCCGCUGCGUUUUGGGCAUUGAUUAUGCUUCUUUUCACUGUUAUUUUGAAGCUUCCUCGAUUAGGCCAAGCAGAAAAAAAGCUACAUGAGGAGAAUGAUGAAUGA